GGAGGACACACAUCACGGAACCCAUCAAAUCGCCUACCUAAAGGAAAUGUCGACCAUGUCCCAGGAACGUUCCAUGUGCGGACGCUUGGCUGUGGUCACCGGAGGCGGAGGAGGCAUCGGCAAGCCGAUAUGCGAUGUCUUAGCCGAGAAAGGUGUGCAGCUGGUCGUCGCUGACAUCGAUUUGGCAGCCGCUGAAGCCGUGGCCAAUGCUCUUCCAGGUGCACGCGGUGGCCAUAAGCACGUUGCAAUGCACGUGGAUAUAUCCAACUCGGCAUCAGUGCAAACCUUCUUCACGGCCAUCAAGGAUGUCUAAGAAGCACCUGCCAGCAUUCUUGUGAACUGCGCAGGCACUGGCGCCCUCUUCACAUCAAUUGUUGAUACAACUGAAGAUGUUUUUGAUCAAGUCAUUAGUGUCAACCUGAAGGGUACCUUCCUGAUGACCCAAGUCGCUGUCCGGGACAUGCUGAGCGGAGGAGUGACGGAAGGAGUGGUGGUCAACAUCGCCAGCUUAGCGGCCAAGACAGGCAGCCGAGGACUCUGCAGUUACGUCGCCUCCAAGGCCGGCAUUGUCGGCCUGACAAAAACAGUGGCCCUGGAUCUCGCCGACAAGGGAAUUCGGUGCAACGUUGUGCUCCCGGGAUUCACUGACACUCCAGUUACAAGGUUCUUGACCGAGCAGGAGAAGCAGGGAAUUCUCGCCCAGAUUCCACUCGCUCGCUCCGCCCUGCCGCGCGAGGUUGCUGAGGUGGUCGCUUUUCUCUGCUCGCCCGAGAGCUCUUACAUGACUGGCGCUGCUGUUGAUGUGUCUGGCGGCUGCGGAUUGUAAUUUUGGCUUCGGAAGCUCCAGCGAUUAAUUGAAUAAAAAAUAUACAAAGGCAUGCCUAAUAUUAUAGUGACUUCGAUUGGGCUUUCGGUGCUGUUUUCUUACAAUGUACCUAUUUUAAGUGACUUUCCGGAAGAAAACUUUUUCAAGACUCACAGCAGCAGCCUACAUUUCAGUGGGAGACCCUAGAUAGAAAAUCUUAGCAAGACUGGAUUUCUUGUUGGAACUCGGAAAUCCUCUUUGCAUAGAAAUGUCUGCAGAAUGAAUUUCAGGUUUCCAGCAAGAAAUCCAGUUAGAUUUUCUGUUCCAUAAUCCAGUUAGCGAAAAGUUAUACUGUUUUUUUUUUUUUCUCGGUAGAGCUCACACUUUGAUUUCCGGGGGGCUCGUUUCAAAAUCGAAUUACCAGCUUCACUCCAUUUAUUUAGUGUGUUAAUACAGCCAUGUCAUCGUAAUACGGACGACUAUCUUCGAGAAUUCUCUGUGUGAGUCGUCCAUAAUAACGACUCAAGGUCAAGUUGGCACAAAAAUAAACAGCAAGCGUGGCUACAAGACACUUUUUUUUUUUUGCAUCAGAGUCCGUGGGAGCCUCUGGCUCCCUUUCCCUGAUCCGGCCUUCGGGCCGCGGGCGCGACGUCGGGAGCCACCUGGCUUCCGACCGGAGCGUGCCUUAUCGUGGCAAGGAGGGGCAGCCAUCUUGGUCGUCUACUCUCGCCACUCCUCCGUACGAGGCUGGAGCCGCCAGCGAGGAAAAGAGAGAGAGAGCGUGUCCUCUGGCCGCUCGGAGAAGGGACUUUUCCGCUGGACUUGAAACUGUUCGGAUGUGCGGCCACGCGCUCUGCUGCCCCACCUCCGUCCAGGCUCUCGGGAAAGUGCGGCAAGGUAAGGACACCCUCCCCCUUGCCGAUACUAGUCUUU